UUUUUUCGUUAAGAAGCAGUUUCCAAGUAUAUAAUUGAAUGUAAUAAGGUAGUGUAUUUAUAUAAAUUAAUGUUUAUGGGGUUUCUGAAUUUUGCUACAGCUGAAGAGCUGAUUAAGGAGAAACAAGUCCAAGUGAUUAUGGGCAUGGAGACAUGGGAGGAAGCCGCUUUAGUGGCAGACAUCGGAUCCCGAGCUCGAGUCCCAGUUCUUUCAUUUGUAACCGUUCCAUUUACACCAGCAUUGGUGCGGCUUGGAUGGCCUUUCUUGGUGCAAAUGGUUACAGAUGACUCCGAACAAAUGAAUUGCAUUGCAGCUAUUGUUCAAUCCUUCAAUUGGCGAAGAAGCGUUGUAGUUAUCUAUGAAGAAGACAUCCAUGGAAGUGAUUCCAGGAAGCUAACCCUGUUAUCCAAGGCCCUUAAAAAUGUUGGGUCGGAUAUAGACUAUCAUCUGGUGCUUCCACCAUUUUCUGAUCUAUCAAAUCCUCAGCAGUCCAUAAAUAAGGAGCUGUCUAAGUUAGAAAACACCACAAAAUCUAGGGUGUUUAUUUUUCUACAGUCAUCAUUACCGCUGACAAAUCUUUUGUUCAGUGAAGCGAAGAAAAUGAGCUUUAUGCAAAAAGACUCGGUGUGGAUAAUUGCAGACACCACCAGAAGCCUUCUGAAUUCUGUCAGCCCUCCUGCUGUCUCUGCCAUGGAAGGUACUCUUGGAAUUAACCCCUACUAUUCCGAAAAUAGCAGUUCUUUCAAACACUUUCAUGAGCAGUUUCAGCAAAAUUUCCAAUUAGAUUAUCCCGAGGAAGAUAACACUGAGCCUGGAAUUCAUGCGCUACGAGCUUAUGAUAGCAUUAUGACUAUUACACAGGCGAUAGUGAAAUCAGCUGGUAAAAUGAAUUCCUCAAAAAUGUUGGAAAGUAUUUUAUCAAGCAACUUCACAGGUUUAAGUGGAGAAUUGCGAUUUGAAGAGGGAAGACUUUCAAGCUACCAAAAAUUUAGUAUAGUGAACUUUGGCAAUCAGGAAAACAAUAACCUUGGCUUUUGGUCAUCAGAGUUGGGGUUCUCAGAUAGCCCUAGUACCAUGAAAAAAUUGGCUGGUUUCGCGGAGGUGUUAAGGCCUGGGGACCCAAAGCGAAUCCUGAGAGAAGGGGUGAUACUAGCCGAUCUUUAUGCAAGACCAAUGAAUAUUGCAGUUCCUGGUAUAGUCUCUUUUAAGGAAUUCCUUAGCCCAGACAAGAAGAGGUUUACUGGUUUUUGUAUCAGUGUUUAUGAGGAGGUGAAAAAGAUUUUGGAGGACGAUCAUAUUUAUAGUCUACCGUCUACUACAGAAUUUCACCAGUACAAUGGAAGCUACAAUGAUUUGGUUGAAUCGGUUCAUAACGAGACUUUUGAUGCUGCUGUUGGUGACAUAACGAUAACAACUGAGCGUUGGGACCAAGUGGAAUUUACAGUACCUUUUAUCGAGUCAGGUUUGCUUAUAGUAGUUCCAGUGAAGCCAAGAACUUCAAAAGCAUGGUUGUUUCUGAAGCCUUUCACCAUGAAAAUGUGGGUGGCGACGGGGGCAAUCUUCUUCUACACAAUGUUCAUAGUUUGGUUCUUGGAGCAACGUUCCAAUCCAGAAUUUAGUGGCCCAUGGAAGGAACAACUUGGCAAUGUGCUUUGGUUCACCUUCUCUACUCUGUUCUUUGCUCACAGGGAGAAGAUUAAAAGCAACUAUACUCGAACCGUGAUCGUGGUGUGGCUUUUUGUGGUGUUGAUCUUAAUAGAAAGCUACGCUGCGAGCCUCACUUCAAUGCUCACCUUCUCAAGACUCCAGUCACCUGUGAGAGAUAUCGAGUGGAUAAAGACAACAAAUGCAAUAGUGGGGUGCGAUGGUGCUGCAUUUGUUAGGAAGUACUUGGAGGAAGAUGAGCUUUUUGAACCAGGUAACAUCAUUGACAUCGGCAGCGAAAGCGAGUUCCAGACUGCAUUCAAGAAUGGCAGGAUUCAAGCAGCAGUUCUUGAAGUGCCUCAUGCCAAAGUUUUUGUCAACAAACACUGCAAGCAGUACGCGUAUGGCGAUGGAUCAUUCACCAGAAGAUUUGGAGGAUUAGGCUUCGUGAGUAGUAGUGAAUGGAACUCUUUCCACUCAUUUCAUUCUCUAAUAUCUCCAAGUUAUUUGCUACACCAAAAAAAAAAAAACAUACUGUCUUUCAAAAAGGUUCUACAUUAG